AUGGGGGAAAGUUCUUCAUCAAAUGUUUAUGCGAAUAACAGCGGAGAGCAGAAGCUUGCUUGCCUUGCGUCUGUAAAGGAAGAAUAUGUUCAUGCUAAAAACAUAAGGAAAAGAAAGCGAAAGCGCGAAAUCAACCGAGAAUUCGGCAAGAAAAUAGCGAAGAAAAGUGUAGACUGUUUGGUUAGCAGUGUUUGUGAAGUAAAGUCAGAAGCCAUAAUUGGAGCCGUUGAACAGUUACCAUGUAUAUGGGAUUCAGCAUGUGAGGAUUAUCGAGACAGAUCAAAGCGAAAACAGAGCUGGUCUGCCGUUUGUCGGAUGCUUAUCUCUGAUUUUGAUAGUAAAGAACGAACAGAACGUCAGUUCAUUGAAAAAGAAAUACAAAACAAAUGGAAAAAUAUACGUGAUUGCUAUGUUCGAGACAUACGGAGAAAAAAUGGAGAGCCAGUAAAAUCAAGGGGAAAAAGAACGCGUGAAUACAUCCAUGCGGGUUUGCUAUCUUUUUUGAAAAAUUGCUAUGCUUCGCAACGGAAAACUGUACAGAUUACAACAAAUGACUCCCAGAGUAGUAAUGAAUUUCUUCUUGAUUCUAUUGGGAAACCUUUUAUUGAUCAAGGCCGAGAAGUUAGUUGUGAUUGGAUCAAGCAAGAAGCAUUGGAAGAGAAACUAGGGAUGAUUCUAGAAGAACGAUCUAAAGCAGAUGAUAAAUAUAGUUCUUUUUUUUCAUCAUUGUUACCAGCAAUACAAAAUAUGAAUGCUGAACAGAAAAUUGAAUUCCGAAUGGAAGUUCUUCAGGUGUUGCAGCAAAUUUCUGCAAAGGAAAUAGUACCGUCGUUAUUUUUAUAG